AUGUGUGACUUCACCAAGAACUACUACAUCUACACCUCGUGUGUCGACCCCGGGGCCCACUUCUUCCGCACCUCGGUCGACGGCAGCCGCAAGCGCUCUUGCCCCAAUGGUCCGCAUGAACGCUACAUCAUGCUCCCGGGAGAGUGCCCGAUAUGCCACGGCGGCUGA